AUGUGUAACAUCGCUUCACAGGUUCCUCACACACCCCAAAGCCAAUCCCAACAACCCGCCCUGCCUGACACCCAGCAACCAAUCACAGCAGAGCUUCCACAGGUGGGUGUGGUCCUGGAAGAGCAUUCAAUCAGCCUCACGGUGCCCAAGGACACCACAGAUGCAGCAGAGCUUGCCACCCCAGGGGCACUGAAUUCGGCCCCUUGCCCCUCUCGCCUGGUGCUGAUAGCGACCCUACUGCCCCUCAGUAUCACCGUCCUCAUCUGCCUCGGCCUCGUUGUGACGUUUGUAAUUUUUCCGUCCAAGCUACGGGAUAUGUCUCCCCCCUGUGGCAGCAACGUGAACUGCAGCAAUAGCCCAGCGCCUCCUUUUCUUGCCAAGCAUCCAGUUAACCAAACUGGAAAUUUCAGUUCAGGCUGUGCCGAGGCCACGAGUGACGGUUGGGGUCGGAUUGUGGGGGGCAGCGUGGCCUCCAGGGGCAGGUGGGGGUGGCAGGCCAGCCUGCGGUGGAGGGGCAGACACGUUUGCGGAGGGGCGAUCCUCACUGGUCGCUGGGUCAUCACCGCUGCACACUGCUUCACACUGUGA